AUGCUAGUGCUAGUGGAGAGGCGCGCGUACUUGAUACUGGCGACGCUCCCGUGCCGAGUAUUACCAAACACUAUUUCUUCUGCCCUCCAAUCUUUUUUUCCCCUUCUCCUCCUUCUCCUCCAUCCCCCCGCGAGAGAGUUGCCAUUGUCUUCGUCUCGGAGUUUGGUUGGCUUUGUCGACUCUGAUCUUUUCCCUCCUCUUCUCGUCAUUCCUUCGGUGUGCAAUUUUUUUUUUGCCUCGAUUAAAAUCUACGGACUGCAAUUGCAAUUGCAAUCCCCUUUUUUUUCUUUAAUACUUUUUUGGGAGGUCGUCUCUUCGCGUCGCGUGUUCACUAGAUUUCUCUUCUCUUCAAUUGAAUCGCAGGAAUCUGGUCCGAAACCACCGUUGCCCAUCAUGUCGGCUCCCGCUACGUUUUACGAGCAGCUGCCGCUCCCUACGCUCGAUCGCCCUUUCGGCAUCCACCUAUGGCCCAUCUUUGACAAGCUCUUCACGGCCGUCGUUGGCUACUCGGCCAAUGACUUCGAGUUUGUGCCCUUUGAGACUCCCAUGUCCACGCUGAAGUCGACGUCCAUCUUCAUCGUCAUUUACUACUUCAUCAUCUUCGGCGGCCGAGAGCUGAUGCGCAACCGCGAGCCCUUCAAGCUCAAGGCGCUCUUCCUCAUCCACAACUUCUACCUGACCGCCAUCAGCGGCUUCCUCUUGGCUCUCUUCAUUGAGCAGCUUCUGCCCACUGUUGUCCGCAAGGGUAUCUUCUUUGCCAUCUGCAACCACGAGGGCGGCUGGACUCAGCCUCUGGUUGUUCUCUACUACCUCAACUACCUGACCAAGUACCUUGAGCUGCUCGACACCGUCUUCUUGUUCCUUAAGAAGAAGCCAUUGACCUUCCUCCACUGCUACCACCACGGAGCCACCGCUCUUCUUUGCUACACUCAGCUGAUUGGCUUGACCUCCGUCUCUUGGGUUCCCAUUAUCCUCAACCUGACUGUGCACGUUGUCAUGUACUGGUACUACUUCCAGAGCGCUCGUGGCGUCAAGAUCUGGUGGAAGGAGUGGGUUACUCGUCUCCAGAUCAUCCAAUUCAUCAUUGACUUGGGCUUCGUCUACUUCGCUUCCUACACCUACUUCACCUCGACCUACUUCCCCUCCAUGCCCAAUGCUGGCAAGUGCGCCGGUGAGGAAUUUGCUGCCUUUGCUGGCAUGGGUAUCCUCAGCUCAUACCUGGUCCUCUUCAUCUCCUUCUAUUUCGCCACCUACAAGAAGGACGGCAAGACUACUACUCGCAAGUCCCUGCGACGCAUGAGCCAAGCUCCUCUGCCCGACCCUGUCCACAUGGCUACCUACUCAAGCGGCAAGACCAAUGGCACUACCACUGGUGCCAAGACCAACAGUGCCACUGCUAGGUCCCGCAAGGCUUAA